GUCUCCCUAGUCGCCCCGGCGCCCCACCCUCGGCGGCCUCGGGCUCCCCGCCCACAGACCUCCCGCAGGCAGCUUCGCGCUGCCCGGAGGCCGGGGGCGCGCGUGACUCUCGUCCGCGGGGCGAGGGGUGUGCCUCCCGCGGCCCAGGGCUCUGAAGGGGGACGCCCCGGGCUCGGGGCCACUGCUCUCCUUUCGCGUUGUCGCCGACGCCCUCCCGGGGGGCGUCCCGCAGCCGGCGCGAUGAGUGCCAACGAGGACCAAGAGAUGGAACUGGAAGCUCUACGUUCUAUUUAUGAAGGAGAUGAAAGCUUCCGGGAAUUAAGUCCAGUGUCAUUUCAAUACAGGAUAGGUGAAAAUGGUGAUCCCAAAGCCUUCUUAAUAGAGAUUUCCUGGACAGAAACAUAUCCCCAAACACCUCCAAUUAUAUCUAUGAACGCUUUUUUUAACAACACCAUAUCAUCGGCUGUAAAGCAGAGCAUAUUAGCCAAGUUACAGGAAGCAGUGGAGGUCAAUCUCGGGACCGCCAUGACCUACACAUUGUUUGAAUAUGCCAAGGACAAUAAGGAGCAGUUCAUGGAGAAUCACCAGCCCGUGAAUUCUACAAUACCCAUAAGCAGCAUCAUCUCCGUUGAAACUCCUAAUACAGCCCCAUCAAGUAAGAAAAAAGAAAAAAAAGAACAGCUUUCAAAAGCACAGAAGCGUAAGCUGGCAGAUAAAACAGAUCACAAAGGAGAACUGCCUCGAGGAUGGAACUGGGUUGAUGUGGUGAAGUUAAGCAAAACUGGCUCUAAAGAUGAUGAAUAGUACUUGGAAUUGAAGACAAGGGAAGAACAUCCUUUAAGAAGUAAACUGGGUUCAAAAUCCUUCAUUACUCUUUUCUGGUAUUGAGGUGGCUUUUUAUAAAACAGAAUUUUUUUGUAUGUUUCUUAUGUAAAAAACGUUUUAAGCUGAAAGUUCAUGAAGAGAUCUGGUUGUAUUAAAUUAUUUUCACAAACUUGCCUUAAUAAAAGGUGAAAUGUUACUGUUUAGUAUACUUUAUGAAGAUGGUUGAGCUUUGUAAAUGGACAAAAUGGGAAAUAAUAAAUAAUCAAUGUGAAUUUAUAUGAUCUUGUUCUAGUGGAUGUGAUAUUUUUUAAAGGAGUAGGAAGCCCUUUUGAAACUCUCAUCCCAGUGGAUCAGAAUACUGAGUAAACAGUUACUCUGUGGCAUGAUCCAUAUUAAUAGACUUCUCGUCUUAAUAAAGUCCUCAUCUCUUCUUUCUCUUAAUUACUGAAGCAUAAAUUGCUCCAGAGAAAUUUAAAUACUAAUAUUUGAACUUUUACAUAAUAUUCUUUGUAGUUCCUUUUUAUUUUUCAAGGGUGAACCGCUUCUUUUUAGUAAAUGAGUAUCUGUUCAUACUCUUCCUUUGGGUCAUGAUACUUGACCAUGAGAGUUUUCAGCCGUAUGUGGAAUAGGAGAAUAUAAAAAUAAAUCUGCCAAAUACAUUCAAAAGCAUUUGAAUAGAAGUGCUGGUUCCCACUGAAAACAUUUCUCUUUGCUGCAUAUACCAAGAUGGGAGUAAAAGAUGCCUUAAUAUUUAAUUUUUGUAUUGUUGGAGACAGUGGUUUUAAUAAAUUCCUGUUUACCUGCUACCGUGUGGUUUUGGUUGUGUGGUAACAGGUCUCCUAAAUGGUUUAACAUAAAACCACCUCUCAAGUCUUGUUUCUUUUCAAGUAUCCACGUGGAUUUCUCAGCCUGAGCAUCUUCCUAGUUAUAGACAUAGAAGUGUUUCAAAUGCUGAAUCAUAGUACAGGCUUGAUUAUUUUUUUUAAUCACGAGUAGGGUACCUAUUAGUGUCGUGUAACCAGGAAGUUACUGAUGUGUCUGUGUGAGUUCCAGUGACUGCAUUUGCUUCCCGGCUGGAAAACCCUAGAAAAACCUUCUACAAAUAAAUAUUUCUAGAAGGGGAGGCUGUUGUUCCUCCAGUUACACCUGUGCAGCUCGGGUCUGAGUUUUUAAAGAAUAAUGAACUUGUAAAGACACGUCCUUAGCAUACGAGCAGUUUAAAUUAUGUCCGUGGCUUUUACUGGGCUAACAUUAGGCUCAGUUAAAUCAUUUUAAUUACACAGUAAAUACAAUUAUGGUGAAGAAGUGUAAUCUGAUUUUCAAAAGCUGAAUCACAUUUGAUAUCUUGAACUAAUAGAACAGAAUCAUUAAAAUUCAAGACCACCGGAUUGCGGCCAACUUUUGUCCUGGGGGUUGUGUGUACAUGGUUUUCGUUGUGUUGAUUUGUUUGCUUGUUUUUAAGGAAACUGGAACUACAACAUCUGCUCGUGGAACAAACUGUUUCGCUCUGAAGAUUCUGAAAUUGUUCAGGCUUCUUGUGGUUCAGAGAUGACAAAGAAUAAUGCUAGUUAAAUGCCAAUGAGCUGUUUUUACUCUUUUUAUAUGAAAUGUACACAUGUAGGGGGUCAUGGUGGCCGUGGCGCCUCUGACCACCUUCUGUAAAACACUGAAACAUUCUCGUCCGGAUUGCCAUCAGCUGUUCAACACCCCCCGUACAUUUGCUCAAAGUCUGUCUACCUGAAACUGUAUGGAAUGACAUCCUUAAUAAGCAAUAAAACCAGAAUUACACACA